GAAUAUGUGAGUCCUAAUAGUUUACUUAUGAUAUGAAUCAAUUAUGAUAUGAAUCAAUCUUCUUCUGCACAUCAUCAAAAUUUUGAAUAUUGUUUUUAUGGCAUUUAGCAACAAACUCGUGAUUGAAAUGCGAGGGUUGUAGAAACAUAGCCAGAUUGCUUGAACCACCAUUUGGUUCAUUUAUAUGGUACGAAUCAUCAAUAAAAUUCAACGCCUUUUGGAUAUCACUUGAGUCAUUCCAUUCAAGAGUUUAUCAACAUAAAUGAUCAUCUCUCUUUGGUCAGCCUCAUGUUCACACUUACACACCUUGAGAAGUGGGCCUGAAGUAGGGCGUUGGCUUUUGUGUGUGAUGAGUACACGAAUAUCCUCUUUUUUCUCAUGUGACCGUCUUGUAAGUAAUAUAUUGUACUCGACACUGAAGAAAGAAUCUGUAAAAGCUCCCCAAAUCAGAGUCUUCAGUCAAUUGCGCAGAAAAUGUUUCAAUGGUUUUACAAGGCAUAAUGUAAUGAAUCCAAUUUCUAUUAAUUCAUUAAGUGAUCUUGGACUAACAAUGAAGAGUGAGCAAAUACAUCUUGGUGACUACGUCCCUGUAAAAUGUAAUAACUAGGAUUCUGGGUAAGGCGACACAGCACAUGAAUGGUUGUCCAAGAUAAUUUAAGGUAUCUUAGUACUCUUUCUGAUCUUCAAGGCACAAGAGGAGACAUUUUCCACAACUAAUACUCUUUUUGAUUUUCAAGGCACAAAAGGAGACAUUUUCCACAACUGUCUAUGAAAGGUCGUUCUGUUAGUCCCACUUAAUAUCAACAAAAGGUUAAUUUGAUUCAUCAUAGUUGUUUGUACCCAUCAUAACUACCGGAUGUGCCGGUAAUGUCACUCUUUAACACAUGGAGCUGCUUAAUACACAAACAUUAACGCGACCAGCUUCAAACAAUUGGGAGACAACUUCACGAUCGUUACCAUCCAAGGCAUUGCGCAGUAAACAUACUCCUAGAGUCAAAGCAUAUUUUAUCGACUUAUUACUUAUCCUAUUAGGUACUGUAGGAACAAAAACAAGAGUGGGUUCCACAUUGUUGGCAGGUUGAGUAAUAGCAGUAUAAGUAGACUUCACUGCCUCCAUCCUAGCCUUGAAAGUGUGUAUACGUGCAUAACUAAAUUCAACACUCUCAAUGAGUAUUUCCCCCAAUUUCCCUUUCCUUCACUGUCCACGUUUUGCUAGGUUGAUUCAAUACUUCAUCUAUGGCUCCCAAGAGAUCAAGAACAACAAGCAAGGCAUCUUCUUCCAAUGGACUAAACAAAGGUAACCCAAACUCUAAUCCUUAUGGCAUUGAAUUUAAAAAUAGAGAGCAAAAGGAUAGGUAUGAUAUGCUUGUUCAAAGAAAAAUUGUGCCAAUAAGAUAUGUUGAUGAGCUUGCAUUGACUGCUUUGGGUCUGGUUGAUGAUGUAGCAUGGAUGUUUGAGCAAUUAAGUUGGACUUACUUCAUGUCCUUGAAAUGUUCCACUUUUGCAAAUAUAACUCUGGAAUUUUUUAGCUCUCUUGAGGUAGUAGUGGUUAGAGAGGAAGAUUGGGAAACUGGUAGAAUUGCCUUUAGACUGUUCAAUAAUGACCAUGUCAUGAACUUGUCUGAAUUUUGUGCUGUGUAUUAUUGCCUAAUGAAUGUGAAAGGCAUUUGAACAUAAAGAAUUUUGUCGCCCACUUGUUUUGGGAGCAAAUUACAGGGAAUGGCGAUUAUGUUUCUGCGUUGGCCAAGGCUUCUUAUAUCCAUAACCCUUGCUUUAGAUAUGUCCAAAGGGUAAUGGCCAACACACUUUUUGGAAGGAGAGAAAGUGAGGGGGUUGCUAGGCAGAGCGAGCUAUUCUUUUUAUGGGCAAUCACUAAUCAAUUUGCUGUUAAUUCUGGUUCUUUUUUAGCUAGGCAAUUUGAUAAAGUUGCCAAAGCAAGCAAAGGGGAUAUAGUUAUUGGUGGAUUGAUUACACCUAUAGCAAUAUCUCUUGGUUAUACUAAUGAUAUUUUUAAGUUAUCUCAAGUCCAGGGACACACAAGGAUCGAUCUCGAUUCUUGUAUUGCUAUGAAGCUCAUCACUAAGUUACAUGACACAUAUCAUCUGCUGCUCCAUGAUGGUUCCGCAAUAGCUCUACCAAAUCCCGCCAGAACCACCAUACAGAAUAGGGAUAAUUGGCUACUUUCAGGCGACAAUUCUGGAGAUGAUCAGCCGUUGCUGCAACUUCCUCCUCCUUUUGAGUGCAACAGACCAUCCUCAACCCAUCAUGGAAAUUCUGAUUUGCACACUAGAAUGGCUGCCAUGGAGACUGAGCAACUUUGUUAAGGGAGAAUGAUAACUGCCAUGUACAAUUGGCAUAUCUCUCAAGGGCAUUUUUCGCCUCCACCAUAAUACUUAUGUUGAUGGAGAUAACAUGCAAAGACUUGA